CUGUCCCCGGGUUGUGGGCGGCAGCCACCUGCUGGAAGGAGCACACCGGGGCUGGCGCCGGGGAGCCGUGCCCGUGGGCGUGGCUAUUACCCCCCAGAGCCUCGGCCCCCGCUGUGCACAGGGACCCCGUCCUGCCCUCACGCCUGCCCUCAGGCUGCUCGAUGCCCGGACUCCUCCAGCUGUGACGGAAAACGUGUCCUGAUGUGAGCACGUGCCCUCUGUGGCUACAGGGUUCCCAUGGCAGGGUGGCAGGCACAGUUCGCCGUGGGCUGCCGCUGUCCCAGGGUCACCAUGGCAGGGCGGCAGGCACAGUUCGCCGUGGGCGGCCUCUGUCCCAGGGUCACCAUGGCAGGGCGGCAGGCACAGUUUGCCGUGGGCAGCCACUGUCCCAGGGUCACCAUGGCAGGGCGGCAGGCAUGGGCAGCAGGGCACAGGCAGCAGGCACAGGUUCGCCGUGGGCGGCCGCUGUCCCAGGGUCACCAUGGCAGGGCGGCAGGCAUGGGCAGCAGGGCACAGGCAGCAGGCAGUUCGCUGUGGGCGGCCGCUGUCCCAGGGUCACCAUGGCAGGGCGGCAGGCACGGGCAGCAGGGCACAGGCAGCAGGCACAGUUCGCUGUGGCAGGGUCACCACGGCAGGUGGCAGCCGGCGGGGCCAGGCCGUCACCUGGAGGAUGAUGUUCCUCCCGUUGGGCUCAGAGGUUUGCGGUGCCCGGCCAGUGAGAAGGGAGAAGGCACAGAUCUGUGUCUGAGAAGCGGACGUGACCGUGAGGACGGGUUGGGCGGACAGACAGCCGGUCCUGUUUUCAUCUCCGUGUCCACCGGGGGCCUGGGCGGCGGUGGAGGGAGCGCUGGGCGGGGCCAUGCUGGCCGCAGAGGGGCUGGAGGGGCGUCUGGGUCCUGUUGGCGGAUGAACAGCCCGGCGAUGAUCGGCGGGGAGGCCGCCAGGGGGACACAGACACAGGCUGCUCCGCUCCCGCCGUCCCCGCAGAGGCCGGGCUGGGGAGCAGGAAGCUGGGUGUGUGUGUGUGUGUUUGUGUCUAGCUCGCUUCCUGGCUCCUCGGUGCCAAAUGGCCUGCUGGGACCAGAGAGGGUGGGCACCUCGCAGGAGCAGCACAGCUCGGCCGGGUGGUGGCUGCCCCCCGCCUUCCCCGUUGUGGCUCCUGGGCCCGUGCAGAGUCUGAGCUGGGGGGCUCAGCAUCCGUUCAGCCUCUGUGGUUUGGGGGGAGGGUCGGUUAGUUGGGGAGAGGACCAGGUGGGAACACUUCCUCUCAGCCAGGCGCUCCCAUGAGGCACCUGGAACGGACUCUUGGAUGACGGUCCGGCUGCCUCCGGCCCCUGGGGCCGCCCUGGCCACCUCCCAGGCUGGGCCUUGGGUGAACCUCUCCCCGGUGAUAAGCAGGCAGACAUGGGGGGGCGGGGUUAGGGUGCGGACUCCUCCCCACCCUGGCCCGGGGCUGGCUACUGGUUUUGUCCAAAAGGACUUACUGCGUGUGCCCUCGUGUGCUUCUAACCACACUGCCGCCGGGGCUGAGCCGGGCCUGGCGCGCCCCUCUGCCUCCCUCUGUCCACCUGGCACCGGGCGG